AUGGAACCCAGAGAGCCCACGCCACCAAGAGACGUCGAGUCGGACACGUCGAGUCCCUCUCACCACGAACCUCCAGUCCAGAUAACACUCAAAUUCCCACCAGAAAAGCACAUGCAAAAAUGGGAAUUUUAUCCAACCGACACUUUCGAGCACCUCAUCCUCUCCCUGUCCCUCGAGUUCCCUUCGUACGACUGGUCUAGAGCCAAAGCCCUUCUCGAAAAGCGCCAACCAGGCCUCAAAUCAGUCUACACCCCGUCCGACGACGCCCACCUCCCCCUCUCUGCGCUCAACCACACCACCCUCCGCCUGCUGGCCCCGCAAACCUCGGAUCUCACCUCCCUCCAGAACCAACGCGCGUCCGCCGCGUCUUGGCAAGCCAAGCGAGCCGCGGCCCGCGCCCGCCUCUCGCGGCUGACGCCCACGCAGCGCGCCACCGCCGACGACGUCACCUACACAUUCCACACGCUUCGGCCGCUACCACACCUGCCAAACUCGUCCCGCAGCCUGGCGCUGCUGGAGCGGCUCAAGGCGGACCCGGGGAUUCGGGCGGCCAUGAAGCGCCACCGGUUCAGCGUCGGCCUGCUGACCGAGAUGGACCCGGCGGCGCACACGUCGGCAACGUACGAAGGCGUGACGCGCAUUUUGGGCCUGAACCGCAACAAGGGAGAAGUAAUUGAGCUGCGGCUGCGGACCGACGCGUACGACGGCUGGCGCGACUACAAGGUGAUCCGCAAGACGCUGUGCCACGAGCUGGCGCACAACGUGCACGGCGAGCACGACCAGCACUUUUGGAAGCUUUGUAGGGAGAUUGAGAAGGAGGUUGAGAGGGCUGAUUGGAAGAGUGGCGGGCAAACGGUGGGGGCGGAGGAGUAUGCCCCUGGGAGGGGCCAGCAGGAGGAGGAGGAGGGC